AUGAGAGAACUUGUAAAUACUGAAGAUAUGAAAUUUCGAUAUCUUUCUCUGCCUUCUGAAGAAAGUAAGAAAAUCAUUGAGUUAGCUGAAUCAAAACGUCAAGAGAUCAUCAAAUCAGAAAAAUAUCUUUCAGGAGCAAAAAAUUAUAAACACCAUUUAGAUGCAUUUUAUACAAGUCGCCCACUUAAUAAAUUAAUUGAGCAGGCAAAUUUACAAAACAAAUUGAGUCAACAAUCUACUAUAUCAAUAGAUUAUGAUGAUGAUUCAUCAAGUAAAAAAAUUCAACCAAAUUCUUUAAUUGGAUGUAAUUUAGAAAGUGAUGCUUCAGUAUUUAUGCCAAUGCAUAAUAUAAAUGAUAAUGGCAGUGAUGUUAAUUAUGUUAGGAAUUUUAAUGGUGACAAUGAUGUUGGGAGUUGUAGUGGCGGUGGAGGCAUUAUUACUGGUAGUGAAUCUACAGGCCUUGCUCAAAUAAAUUCCAAACAAAGAAAUCUUUACAGAUGA